UUCCGAUAGGUCAUUUUGCCUCAAUGGCAGAAAUAGAAGCAGUAGGAGAAGAAGAGCAGAGAGCGAAAGAGACAGCAACCGAGGUGCAUAGCAGUUGUAUAGUUGAUGAUCAUGAGGAGAAGAAGAAGAGCAUGACACCGUGGGAGCAGCACUCGUGUGUAAUCAGCAUCCCUCGCUUCGACUACAAUGCUCCCUUUUCGCUUCUCUGCAACUCCCAUUCCGGCUUCCUUAUCACCUGCACCAUCAAGAGGGAGAAAAGUGCCACCAAAGAAGCAUUGUCUAUCCUUGAAAAGGUUUCCCUCCUACACUUGUCUUUUUCUUUAUCGUGCUCUCUCUCUCUCUCUCUCCUCGUCUUCAAAGAGCAUAUCAAAUGCAUAAUUGCAUGCAAACCAACCAUACGCUAUAAUGAAGUUGUAAACGAACCAUAUUUUAAGUACGUAGGGUCCUUUGCUAAUGGCAGCUCUGAAAUUUUGGAGAAACCAGAUGAUAAUGGUGUUAGUAAGAGGAGGAAAAUAUGCACGGACUAUCUAGAUAGGGAAAGUAUCAACAAUGGGGAAAGCAACACUGCUUCCAAUAACUCUGGGGACAAUAGCAGUAAUUGUAAACCGUCAAAAGGCAUAUGUUCUUCUCCUGCAAGGGUGGAUAUAAAUCUUGAGGAAGGUCCCAUUCUUUCACUAGUUAAGCUGACUAGGAGUGGUUUGCUUCUAUUUACCUUCCCCAGAAACAGUGCAGCUGACACUGUUAGGACUGUAUCAAAUAUUAUGGAUUCUUUUGAAUCUGGGACUUCAAAAUCACCUCUCUGGUGUCAUCGUAUUUUCCCCAUCCAAGCAACAUGUACUUUAAAUGAGAAGGAACUGCAAGCAGUUGUGUCAAAGCUUGUUCUUCAGUUUCUGAAUGACAAACAGCAGGAACUUGCACAUCCUGUAAAGUUUGCAGUUGGAUAUAAUACAAGAGGAAUCAAGGAGACCGAGAUGAAGAUUCUGAAAGAUACUUCAAAUGGCUCCAAUGCAUUUGCCUUGUUGGACCGUAACAAAUGCUUUUCCGUUGUGGCUGCUGCAGUGAAAAAUGCUGCAUCAGAUUCAGUUGUAGAUCUCAAAUCACCAGCGUUAUCUGUUCUUGUUGAGCUGCUACCUCUUUCUGGAGUGCCCAAUGGGGAAUUAGUGGUUGCUGUCUCAGUUCUCCCGCGAAAGCUUGUUAAUACUAAACCACGGCUCUGCAUCAAGGCUCUGGUUUCUGAUGUCAAAGCGAGGGAUGAUGGAAGGCAUUAGAAAGAUUGUGGCCUACAACAUUUUAUUUUUUCACAAUUUUGGGUCAAAAUUAAGAUGAUCUAUUUCUUCUUACUGUGAAACACUGCUCUAUUAUUGGCUCAACGAGUUUUUGGCAUUCUUCGUACUAUCGAUGAUUCUCUACCAUGGUUGGGUCAUAUUUCAAGGCUCAAAGAUGCCCCAGCAUUUGAGGUUUAAAGAUGCUAUGUAAGGCGAGAUUUUGCAGAACCGGUGUACGAGUUUGGUGUGUAGGCAGUGAUGUUUUAAAGGUUGGCCGAGUUAAUAAUCUAUGUUGUUGAUAGUGUAUUUUGUUUUAAUUAACAGUGAAUGUAUUCAUAAUCAGUCGAAAUAUGUUAAAAUCUUGAGUUUUUU